AUGGAGGAAGAUCAUGGGGAGGUUAUGGAGGACUUAUUGGCUGGCGGCACAGACACCUCAGCAACAACAGUUGAAUGGGCUUUUUAUGAACUUCUUAGACAACCUAAGAUUAUGAAGAAAGCACAACAAGAGCUAGACCUUGUCAUUUCACAGGACAGAUGGGUUCAAGAAAAAGAUUACACUCAACUCCCUUACAUUGAGUCAAUCAUCAAGGAAACAUUAAGGCUUCACCCAGUAAGCACCAUGCUUCCACCGCGCAUUGCCUUGGAGGAUUGUCAUGUCGCAGGCUACGACAUACCUAAAGGUACAAUUUUAAUGGUGAACACUUGGAGUAUUGGAAGAAAUUCACAGCAUUGGGAGUCACCAGAAGAAUUCAUUCCGGAGAGGUUUGAAGGGAAGAAUAUAGAUGUCACAGGACAACAUUUUGCGCUCUUGCCAUUUGGUGCGGGCCGGAGAAAGUGCCCAGGAUACAGUCUUGGGAUUCGUAUAAUUAGGGCAACUUUAGCUAACUUGUUGCAUGGAUUCAACUGGAGAUUGCCUAAUGGUAUGAGUCCAGAAGACAUUAGCAUGGAUGAGAUUUAUGGGCUAACUACACACCCCAAAGUCGCACUCGAGGAAGACAGUUCAGAUGAGGACAUUGAUGACGAUGAUGAUGAUGGUGAUGAUGAUGAUGAUGCUGAACAAGCUCUUAUAGCAAUUAAAAAAUCUGAAGAUGAAUCAGAUGAAGAAUCUGAGAUAAGUUUUCUAGACCUAAAGGAUAAAAUUAAAUUUCUUUCUAAAGAUAGACUAUCAGAACUGUUGCUAACUUUAAUUGAUAAAUCUAAGGAUAUAAGUUCAGAAAAAAAAAUAGUUGUCAAAGGAUUGUUCCAUUUUGAAAGCGAAGUGCGAAAACCUGGAACUUAG